CCUGUGCUUUGUUAUUAAACCUUCAAUACUUAACAUCGCGUGCCCUCAACUCUCUCGCUUGAAAAAUAUCUCGCGAUGGCAAUUGAUUAAAAAAAUAGGUUUCGGGAGUAAUUUGUUCAAAAUAUGGGAGAAGUAUAAUUUUGUGAUUUUAUAUCAUUCUCCAGUCAAAACGGCGCCUUCGCUUUAGCCGAAUAAAGUUAAGAUGAAAAGGAAAACGAUUCGUGUGAUCGGCAACAGCGAAACACGUUUGCAGAACAUUUUCGACCUCACAGACUGCUGCCGUCUGGGUCAGACAAAGCGGUGAUUGACAAGCGAGUCCUGAGGAAGGCGGUUAAUUUCAUACAACGGUCGUGGCAGAGGGAGAAGCGGGCGUUCAAAGAUAGAAGAACCUUAUUUAUUUUCAUCGAGAAACGUUACAGAAAACGAAGAUUUAUUUUUAAAAAAAGUCAGCAGUGUGACCUAGAUCGAUGUUGGAUCUGGACGGGAAAAAAAGUGAAGAGUGUACGCUAAAAGGAGUUCGGAAUGAUGGAGAUUGCAGCAACUAGUAGACCACCGAAAGGUAGAAUGAAGGGUCGAGCGCCACAACCACCACCACAGCCAGCUCCUCGCAGGAUCCUCACUGCUACUAAGAAUUGUAAAGUUGUACAAAGUGAGCAAAAUCCUCGAGACAUGAAAGAAAAUGUAUUGCCUGGGACAGUGGACCUAUUGGUCACCUUACCAAAUGGUGCAGAAAAAUCCAUUCAAGUCAAUGAAAGUAAAGCAGUGAUGGAUCUACUCAUUGACUUGUGCAGCCAAUAUCAUUUAAAUCCAACCCAUCAUACUCUUGAACUGCAAUCCAGAGAGACACGCAAACCAUUAGGCUACAAGCCAAAUACUGCUGUUGGGAUUUUGGAUGUAGACAAAGUGCUCAUAAAGCAGAAAGUUAUUGAGGAUAAGCCAAGAAGACCUCGACCUGUAGUGCCUGAAAAAACUGUGAGGCUGAUUGUGAAUUUCCUCAGGACACAAAAAGCUGUGCUACGUGUUAGUCCACUUGUGCCUUUGCAAGAAUUGUUACCAAUUAUAUGCGAAAAGUGUGACUUCAAAUUAGAGCAUCUUGUUCUCUUGAAAGACUGCAUCAAAAGGGAAAAGAUGGAUCUUUCAAAAUCACUGAAUGAUUUGGAAACCAGAGAACUGUAUGCUCUGGAUACCAGCAGAGAAUUGAGCCAAAGUGCUCUAACUAUCACUGACAUGAAUGAAAAGGAAGACAAAGGAUUAUUGGGCUUUUUGAAAAUUGGCAGAAAGAAAACAAAGAGUUGUUCAACUGCUCCAUCCACACCAACUGUUAAUGCACGUUCAGCCACUUUGAAUCCAUCGCUAUCUGCAAGCAACAUUUCAAGAAUAUCACAAGUGAUGGAUAUAAAGAAACGGAGAGCACCUCCUCCACCAUCAGCUCCGCCAGAACAUACAGAUGUGAAACAUGUGGCUGACAGUGCACACGAGAUUGGUGCUGAAUCAGUAAACUCUUGGCAGAAAAAACGACGUGCUCCAGCCCCUCCACCUACCCAAAAUAAGUUGGAAGGAACAGAAUUUGAUAGAAGCAAUACCAUUGGUGUUGCUGGAUGUCAAGUGCCACUAAAGCCUCCAAGAGGCACAUCGCCAAUCUCAGCCAAACCACGUAAUCCACCCCAAUUAAUGAUUCCUCCUCCCCCAGAAUACCCACCUUCUGCAGACAAUGAGAAUGUGAGCCAGCCAGGAAUGUCUGAUUUCACUCAUGUGGUGCCCGAUGUUCCUGAACACGGUGAAUCGAUACCUGAAUCAGACCUGGGAUCGGAUCAAGAUGGUGGAGUUGGUGAUAAUAUUAUGGAAAUAGAAUCUAGAGAUGGAGAAGAGACUGCUUCAGUUAAAAGUAGUGACAGCUUUCAGCAAAGUUGCUCAAAUUACACUUCAGCAUUGGAUGAUGAAAUGUUGAAAUCUGAUGAUGCUGCGACUGUAAUCGCCCAGACUACUAUGUUCUCCUCUCCCACUGGCAGCCUCAGGUUGAGAAACAAAACUGAUGCAGAUGAAAUCCUGGAAGCCUCAGAUAAAAUAUUUGGUACAGUAGAAAAACGAGCAUGGAGCAAUGGUGCAAGAUACACUGAAGAUGCAGGUCAUUCUUUUGGGAACAAGACCAUCAGAUUUGAAACUGCCUCGCAUGCUGAAUCUAACUGGAAAGAGGAAGGUAAAGUCUCCAUUGCAGCCCAGGUGAAUCUGUCAUUGGCCGAACUGGACGCAGAACUGCCAGCAAUGCAAGAAGAAUUGGCCUCCAAAAAGUCUUCUACAUUGUCUGAAAGAACAGUUGAUGAGCAGGAAACUGUGCCAGUGACAAUCAUUGAUGAAGUACCAUGGACUUGCCAAGAGAAAGUCGAAGAGGAGGUAUUACUGAAAGAAGUUCCAAAACCUUCAAAAGUAAAAGGAUUAGCUAUUACAGACAGGAAUGGAGAAACAAACUCAAAAGUUACAACUGGAACUUGCAUAACCAAUAUUUAUGAGCGGUCCCCAUCUUAUUUGUCAUCCAGUACAUCCCAUCUUUCAAAUGUUGUUGACUGCAUUGAUGUGUCAAGAGAGCCUAUUAAAAAAACACAGGAACUUUUGAAAACAGAGGUUGUUCAAGAUGAGAUGAAGCCUGGAGAAAGCAAAUUAAAAAUGACUUUCCCAGCAACAGAACUGGCAUGUGAUAUGCAGAUUAGAGGGAAUGUUGGGAAAAACAUGCGCAGCGCUGCACCUGCAAAGAUUGACACAGUAGUAUUGGAAGAGAGAAACUGCCAAUCAAAACAUGGGAGGCAAGUUGAGAGGUAUUCAGCAACAACUCAUACUCAAGAACACAUACAUACAUCAGACAGACGGCUAAUCACUGCCAACAAAAUUACUAAUGACUGUGUUCCAAAAGUAGGUAUGAGAACAUUCACAGUUAUUCCACUAAAGCCAACUGUAAAACCUCAGCAAAGAGAACAUUUGUCACGAGACACAUUUGCUAUCAAGAUUGAUGAUCAAGGCAAUUUAAUGCAUGCAAAGAGCAAUGAAAAAAUAAGUAAAGAGACUGCAUCAAAGAGUUUAGCCACUGACAAAGAAUCACUUGUAGGGAGGGCAAAGGCAUUUUGGAAUGUGAAAAGUACAGAUAAGAAUAACCUGCAGUAUGCCAAUAUAGCUAAAAUUGGGAUGAUAAAUAAAUCAGAAUGCACAGCUGCUAAGUUGCAGCAGCAAGGGCCAGAAAAACAGUCAACAAUUCUAUUCCCCACAUCCAUUGCAGGUACUGCACAGGUUGCAGCUGCAAGUACCAAAGGUAAAAACUAUUCGCAAUCCACUGAGGAGAAACCAUUUGUGGCAGAUGUGCCGUCGAAUGUUAAAAUGACAAGCAUGCCUGUAAAUAGUCAGCCCAAAAUAAAUAAUUUUAUCAGGCCCUACAGAAGAAGCUCAAGCCAAGAUGUUGCCUCAGCAAUUUGCCAUUACACAGGACUACAAGCAACAAAAACUGAAGCUAGGAAUAAAUCUUUUGGUCAGUUUAGAAAUGGAUUUGAGAGAAGAUCUGAUGACACAAAUAAAUUUAGUUCUGUUGAGGAGAAAUCUUCUCCCAAAUCUUCAAAGAUGAGAAGCCCACUGAACACAGAGUUUGCACAUAAUUCCAGCUGUAACACAGAAGAUGUUACAAAAGUGCUGAAUAAAUUAAAUGUUUUGCCACAAGAAAGCAUUGAUACUGAUGAUGUUCUAAAUCAGAACUGCUUAAUUAAAAAUGCAUCAGAUCAAACAAAUGCCUUUAACAAAAUUACUUUCCAGAAACAACCAUCCCAGAUAAUAUUAAAGGAAUCAAUUUCCACAAAUGAGCAAAUCACCACUGCAAAGAGUUUGAUUCCACAAAGUGCCUUCCAAUCAGCAUCUGUGAAAGGUGUGAUCUCCAGUUCUCCAAAUGAUCAAAUAGUUGACAUGACCAAAACGUUUACAUUCACUCCAUAUUCAACUUCAUUUUCAGUCUCUGUUAAAACUCAUUCUACUGAAGCAAGACAGAGUGACUGCAUUUCAGAUAACAUUUCUACCUUAAAUCUGCCAACAACCUCUGUUGCUAGAACUGAAAUAGCAUCAACUGAGGAAUCAGAAAAUUCACAGUCCUUUAACUUAAAUCGUUUUAAUAUCAAACCCAAUUCCAGCAUAUUUGGCCCUGUCAAGAAAUUCAAGCCCAUCAUUCCGAAGCCUGUCCCAAAAGACGAAUGCAGACACAGCACCUUGAUGAAAGCUAUCCAGUCAGGAGAAAACAAAGAACGACUUAGAAAGACUUCUGAUAAAAUGAUGGAUAGUAACAUGAGGCAAUCGUCAAUUAUUGCAAUAGAGAAUGAACACUCUGCACUCUUGGCAUCAAUAAGAGCACACAGUGGUCUUUCAAAACUGACAAAGACAACUUCAACAGCUUCUAGCGAAAUACAGAACACAAACAAUGUUGUAUCUUCUGCAUCAGCAAGAGAAUAUUCUCAAUCAGAAUCACAAUACCUUGCCUCUCCACCUCCCCCACCAGCAGAAUUUACAAAAUCUGAAAAGUUUUCAACCAAGUCUGUUGUCAAUGAAGAAGAUGCACGGACUGCAUUAUUGAAAGCAAUUCAGUCUGGAACUGGUGCAGCACGUCUCAGAAAGGUCUCCAUUCCCUCAAAUACAAUCCAAAUAAAUGGAAGAACAAGUUCUGUACAGAUGUCAAAAUGCUGGACUCCUUACAUUUCUUCAUGAACAACACUGCAAAAUUGUGAAAGAAUGAUAAUAAAAAUACUUAGAUAUCACAGAAGAAAAGAAGGAAACAAAUGUUUGCACACUUGUCUUUGACAAAUCCAUUAUCUAGUUAUUUGGUGUUUAUGUCACCAAAUGCACAGAUUUUUGUUUAAAGUUGAGCUCUUUAUCAGAACUAAGAACCAAAUUCACCUGUACUAAUAUAUUAUUAAUUAUGUGCUAAGAAGUCCUUGUAAGUGGCAAUCUGAAAUGAUUUUAAAUUGGUAGUUCUCAUCAUACUUUUGAACAUAAGUUUAAACCAACAGUGCCAACAAUAUGUUCAUUGUACCUUAUUAGGCACAUGUGACAAUUAAAUUGAAUCUUGAAUCUCGUGUUCUUUUCUAAAUCCUGCAGGUGAAGUGUUGCAUUACCCAGUUUCUAAUAAAAACAAUAAAAUACAUUUUGUAAUUUAUGAUAUAUUUGGUAUUCUUACUUUGUGCUGACAAUAACUUUCCUCCUUUGACAAAAUUAAUAUUAGAACUGUGUAUGUUAAAUUGCCAGUUGGAAUAUUUAUUCUUGACCCCAUCAAGAAAAUCAACAAUUUAAUUGCAAAUCUGUGUACAAUUUUAAAGCAUAACAUACCCGCCACUAAAUUCACAGACAUUUAUUUUUCUAUUGCUGGCUGAAAAAUUGAAAAAUACUAAUUGUGAUUUAACAGUUCCUGAGAAGAAAAAGGUGUAACUUGUAUCUGUUUAAUAUUCAUGUGUUUAUUAUAUACAACCUGUGCCAUAGUUAAAGCUUGGUAAGAUUAAUGACAUGUACAUUUACUUAAGUAACUCAGUACAGUAUAAUGUAAAUUUCUAAUGUACUUUAGAAAUAAAACAUUUUAAGUUGGAGCUUUACCUAAAGCAGAGAUUUUGCACUAUAUUAACAUUCUGUAUCUGAUAAAAUAAAAUUACCACCAAAGACAUUCUUCAUUUAGUAUGUGACACCAUCAUCAAGCCAUUUGAGGUACAUUGAUAUUGAAUCACUGAAAGCAGUAUGCCCUUAACAGAUUCAACAAUAUCACAAGUCAAAUUUCAAAGCAAUCCCUGUGAAGUGUAAUUAAGAAUUAACGGACAGUACACACAGGAACAGUCCCUUUGGCCCACAAUGUCUAUGCAAACCAUGAUGCCAAAUUAAUCUCUUCCACCUGCACAUGAUCAUAUACUUCCAUUCCCUGCAUAUCCAAUUGCCUAUCCAAAAGCCUGUUAAACAUCACUAUCAUGUUUACCAUUACCACCCUGGCAGUGCCUUUCAGCUAUCCACCACUCUGUGUAAAGAAAAACAUCCCACAUAUCUCCUUUAAACUUUCUCCUUUUGCCCUCUCUUUGACAUUUCCACCCUGAGAAAAAGGUUCCCUGUCCACCUGAUCUAGGCCUCUCACAAUGUUAUAUACUUAUAUCAUGUCUCUACUCAACUUCUGUUAGUCCAGCCAAAACAAUCUAAGUUUGUCCAAACUCUUCUUGCAGCAAUACGCUCAAUCCAGGCAGCUUUCUCAUAAACCUAUUCAAACCCUCCACAUCCUUUCUGUAAUGAAAGAGGGGUUUUCUUGAUAAACCCUAUUCUCAAUAAUGGCUGUAAUGUUCAUAUGGCCUUAAAUAUCUGUAUUCUCUAACAAUGAGAAAUACAAAUGGUUGAUAUUUCUCUGCCUUCAUUAUGGUUCUUAUAUCAAUGGUUAUCCAGUUGAAUUCAAUUUACUUCACUUCACCUGGAACAAUUGAAUGUAUUGAACUGAGCAAACUCUGAGAGACUUAAUAAUAUCCCUGUUAAAGCUGAAGAUCUAUCCUCCAGACUUAAGUGUCCUGUAGUAAGCUGUUCCAGUAAAGACACAAAUCCAAUAUCAUGUUCUUUAGUUUCUUACAUACAGUGCAUUCAGAAAGUAUUCAUGCCCGUUCACUUUUUCCACAUUUUUUUACGUUACAGCCUUAUUCUAAAAUGGAUUAAAUUAUUUUUUUUUUAUCAUCAAUCUACACACAAUACCCCCAUAAUAAAAAAGCAAAAACAGGUGUUUAGAAUUUUUUGCAAAGUAAUUAAAAAUAAAUAACUGAAGUAUCAUAUUUACAUAAGUAUUCAGACCCUUUACUCAGUAUUUUGUUGAGGCACCUUUGGCAGCGUUUACAGCUUCAAGUCUUCUUGGGUAUGGCCCUACAAGGUUGGCACACGUGUAUUUGGAUAAUUUCUCCCAUUCUUCUCUGCAGAUCCUCUCAACCUCUGUCAGGUUGGAUGGGGAGCGUUGAUGCACAGCUAUUUUCAGGUCCUUCCAGAGAUGUCCGAUCGGGUUCAAGUUCGGGCUCUGGCUGGGUCACUCAAGGUCAUUCACAGACUUGUAACGAAGCCACUCCUGCGUUGUCUUGGCUGUGUGCUUAAGCCCCUGUCCCACUUACGUGUCCUUGGCACGCGAAUUACGCGACCUCGUGGUCGCGUUGAGGCGCGACGGUCCCGCGAAGGUCACGCGCAAUUUCAUGCACCCGCACAGCUGUCUGGUGUGCGUGACGUCAUUUGAAGAUAGACACAAAAUGCUGGAGUAACUCAGCGGGACCAGCAGCAUCUCUGGAGAG